AUGAAGCGGCAGCCGUGGCGCUACUACAACUCCAUGGGCUCAGGGCCGCCACUCGACGGCUCCGCCCGGUGCCACCGGCACUACGACCACGGCCAGCACUACGACCACGGCCAGCACGACGACCACGGCCACCAGCAGCACCAGCACGGGGCAUUCGUGGAGAAGGUGGCGGACGAGUGGGAGGAGCAAGGAUUCGAGCAGGGCACCACCACCGCCACCAUUCACACCGACCUCCCCUCCCGGCUGGACCAACUGCCGUUCAGCGCAUACCAUUGGUUCCUGGUGGUGUCCCUGGGCGUCACGUGGAUGCUCGAUGGCCUCGAAGUCACCGUGGUGUCGGUGCUGAGUGCGCACCUCAAGCGGGAGGACACGCUCGGGCUCACUGACGUGCAGGUGGGCCUCACCGUCUCCCUCACCCUCCUCGGGGCCAUAUUGGGGUCGGUGGUGUUCGGGUACUUGUGCGACCGCUACGGCCGCAAGAAGCUCUACCUGGCCACCCCCAUUGUAUAUUCCGUGGCGACGGGCCUGAGCGCGUUCUGUUGGGAGUUCUACGGCUUUGCCGCCAUGCGCUUCAUCACCGGAGCCGGAUUGGGCGGGGAGUACAGCGCCAUGAAUUCGGCGAUCGACGAACUGAUCCCGGCCAAGGUGCGCGGCAGGGUCGACCUCGCCGUCAACGGCUCCUACUGGUUUGGUGCGGCCCUGGCGGCGGCGAUAUCGCUGCUCAUCCUGGACCCGCACUUCCUGGGCUCAGCCGACUUUGGCUGGCGAUUCAUGUUCGGGCUGGGUGCGUUGCUCGGGGUGGUGAUCGUGCUCCUCCGCCUGGCCCUCCCCGAAAGCCCCCGCUGGCUCAUGACCCGCGCUGCUGCUACGGGCGAGUAG